GCGAUGCGCCUCAAGAGAGGAGCGAGCCUCUUUCGCGGCCGGUCCGACGUGCUUUUCCACCCUCGUCGACAGUCCUGCCGCGCCACCGAAACGUGCCACACAAUCGGCCGCGGCGACCGAUACCUGGAGGAUCUCGAUCGGAUCUCGAACCGCGUGUACUAUUUUCUCUCCUUCUAACCAAUCCCGAGGAAACCCGACGGAAGUGACUCUCUGACACGUGUGUCGCCAGCAAAUGCCACAAGCCCCCUUGCUCGAAAACUAAUCGACGCCGAUCGAACUGAAACGAACUCGAAACCCCCUUAAAUCACACUGAUCUCUCCGGGGACCAACGGAUCUACACACCCUAAUCUAUACCGCGAGGAAAAUCACAGCCGGAUAAAAACCGCAAUGAAUUUCGCUGAGCAGGACUACGACAGGUCGGCCAGGUCCCUGCCAUGCGAUGUCGUUGCAGAGACCCAGACUUCGACAUUUCAGGACCAUGUCCACCAUCUGCUUCGUGUGCAACCUGCCCAUCGUCAAGCCACAGGUGGGGCUGGAAUGGCAGGGAAAAAACGGCUGGGACGACUUUGUUCGGGAACAGGUGGAGGAGACCACUCUGAAGCAACGACUUGGAACCGGAAGACGCGACUCGGGUACGCAAAUCUCGCCGCCGAACGAGAGGAACGAAACGCCGACGACGCAGCGUCGCCGACGGUCAAGCUUGGCCCAGCUGACAGACAUUUUGAGAGAAUGGAGCGGCGGCGGCGGUUCGGGUAAAAGCAGCCGCGGGAAGCAGCUCUGUCGUCGCGAGACGCUCGCGGACAUCACGAAAUCGCUGCCGUGGUCCAGGCAGACGAUGGACGCGAGUCACCUAGAGAGGCUCCGUAAACGCAGGGAGAGUUCCGUGGACAGCGGGAUCAGGAGUCAGCCGUCCACGAAAUCGAGGAGAGAGUCGACGAUCAGCGACCUGAAGAACGACAUCGCGAGGUUGUGGAUGAAGCGAGGUUCGACGUCGCAGGUGCAGCCUUUCCCGAAGGUCAUUUCACCCACGCCUCGACGCGAGUCCAUGGAAUGGAAGAGUUCGCGACAAAGCUCCGGGGAGAGCUCAAGAUCCAGGAGGGACUCCGUUGUCACCGGGCAAACGCCUAGUCCAGGUGAACGGAAGCACAACUGCCGACACCACAGACGCAGACAAUCGCAGCAGUCCAUGGACGGCACUGUCGUCAUGCCAUCGAAGUAUGACAGACUCGAUCAAAGACCAAGCGCCUCCAGCACCGAUAGCACCGGCAGCAACGCUAUUAGGGAACACAUGGACCACAGGAGCUCGAUAGAUAAAGGCGACCGGUCGAGCAGCACCGAGAAGCCGCAUCCUAGUCUGAUGAUCGAAGGGAAAACGGUCACGUCGACGACCACGACCACAACCACCUCGACGUCGAUGAUCGACGGCAAGACUGCCGUGACGACGACCGUCGAAUCGAAGUCGACGGGAACAAUGAUGGUCACGACAGCCACGUCGACCACGUUGACCACGUUGACCCACCUAAACUUGGACGCGUCGAUCACUCCACCAGCGAUCGUGAUGUCCUCGGUGACGCCGCCGUCGAUCUCGCCGACAGUUGGCAGAAGCCUUCCGCUUCCGGGGGCCUCGACUUCCGGUGGCUCCAGCCCCGUUGGCUCGCCGAGCGUCAACACGCCCACGCAUCCUCUGCUCGGCACGAGAAGAGACUCGGCUACUCAGUGCUAUUACAAAGGAAAGGAGGGUUACCCGAGCAAAUCGUCGAGAUUAAUACGCCAGGCAGCCGCGAUAGACGAAUCGAUGCCACCCGCAGUACGACGUGGGAGCCAGCCGACGUUAUCGCCGGAUCCCGACGAAGGAGGACGAAGGGCUCGAAGGGAUUCACUGAGCCCAGAUUCCGCCUCUUAUCCGAGGCGGCGCGACUCCAAGAGCCAUCUGAGCCCAGACAGGAGCGUCGAUAAAAGGGAUCUCAGGAGGCAGUCGGCGUCCCUGGCCAGCCGGCCACCAAGGUCUGCUAGUAGGACACGCCGAUCGCCGGAUGCGUCGUCCUGUUCCUCGAGAGAGCCGAGUCCUUGCGCUCGGCAAUCGAGCAUCCAGCAGGCUCCGCUCGUCAGAAGGCAAUUGGUGACGAAUGAAAUUAUGAUAGCUCGUGGCUUCCGGCGGCAGAGCACCACGGAGGAGAUGAUUCGGUGUCGGAACUUCCGGAAACAGAGCUCGCAAAGCGACGAGGCGGUUCAACGAUUGCGAGGGCGAAGGGACAGUUCGGUACAAAUCACUGAUGGCACGUUUGAGUCGAUGACAUUUGAGAACUCGAGCACCGUUUUCGACAGUAGUACGCAAACUGACCGGUCGUCGUUGUACGACAACAAUCACUACCAUGAGGAAUGCCUAAAAUGUAACGUCUGCGGCCUGAAACUCACGGGACCGAAACAGAAACAGGCUAGACGGUUCAAGAACCAAAUACUUUGUGAUCUACACUUCGCUGACGUGACGCUGAUGGAGUGCUCGGACUUCAUGCAGCAGUUGCGCAGCUUCAAACCACAAAGUUUAGGCUGCGCAGUUGCGAGAAGAAAAUCAUCGAACACGCUGAUCUUCCCGUUGCCGCCUCAAGGGUGUAUAGAGGGGAAUUGCAAAGAGUUCCCUCACAACCUGGUGCCGACGCCCGGUUACUGGAUCGAGUGCUCGAAGCAACAGAUCCUGUCCGACGCGAUGUUGGACAGGAGCGAGAGCGGCGAACUGGACCCGGACGAGGACCUCCGACGGCAGGACAACAGCUAUUGUUUCUACGAGGAGCCGGAAGUGGCGGAGAGUGAGGUGAUAGAGGCGGACGACAUACCCCGGAAGAAGACCGCCAUCGAGGAGGAAUGGGAGAAGAACCAGGGCUUCGAGCUAACCUCGGUCGAGCAGGAAAGCUACGAGAAGUACUUCUACAACAAACAGCACUGGAAUUACUUCACCGACGACGAAGACCUCGGCCCGGUGAUACUUAGCAUUAAACAGGAGACGCUGAACAACCGGGAUCAGUUCAGGAUCCUCGUCAGGGCCAUCAGCUACACUGUUCACGGCCUGAUCCCUGCCAGCAGCGUCUUCGCCGAUCGAUACAAUCGAGAGGAGGUAGUUCGCAGCCUGGGCAAAGAGGUGAACCUGAAGCCAGCCCUGACUCUCGGCCAGCUACCGGACACCCAGGAGGAGCUGCUCAAGCUGGACCAAGUGUUCAUCAAGUCCGAGCUGAAGGUCGGCGUGAUUUACGUCCAGGAGGGUCAGUACACUGAAGAGCAGAUCCUCGAUAACAACGAGAACUCGCCGAUAUUCGAGGAGUUCCUGCAAAUCCUUGGCGACAAAGUUCGUUUGAAGGGCUUCGACAAGUACAAGGGCGGCCUGGACACCAUCCACGACCUGACCGGCUUGUAUUCGGUUUACACCAACUGGAGGAACAUCGAGAUCAUGUUCCACGUUUCCACGCUGUUGCCUUAUGAGAAGAACGACGCCCAGAAGCUGCAAAGAAAACGACACAUUGGCAACGACAUAGUGUGCGUCGUGUUCCUAGAGGCUGACAAUACUGCGUUCAGCCCGGCGUGCAUAAAAUCGCAUUUCUUGCACACGUUCAUCCUAGUGCGAGUCAGCCCGAGCAUAAAAGGGAAAAUCACUAGAUACGAGGUGUCUGUUGUGACGAGGGACGAGGUCGGAGCCUAUAAGCCCUACCUCUGGAUACAGAAUGUCUUCGAGAAAGGACCAAUGUUCCGCGAGUGGAUACUAACGAAGAUCGUGAACGGAGAAAGGGCGAGCUACUCGGCGCCGAAAUUCGCGAGAAUGCAGGAAAGGACGAGAGGUCAGAUGUUGGAGGACAUUGUGGCCAAUUUGGCUAACCAUGUGGAGACAGGACAAAUUCCGAGGCCGUAUAGGCGUGGUUCGUGGAGACCAAUCGGCCACAUGAGACCGUCCUCGCCGCUUUUAGACUCGGUCAGAGACCAAUUCGCGGAUUACGACCAGCUCGCUAAGGACUUCACGCGAGUGUUCUUGAACAAUCAAGAGAACGUGUCGUUGAACGCGAAUCUGUUCGAUGUGUCUUUCCUGGUGCCUACUCAGAAGAAUCAGAAAGUCAGAUUCAUUGGUGUCAGAGCCAUCCUGGCGGUAAGAAGCAGAGUGUUUCAACAAAUGCUGUAUGGAACUCGGGCCCGUUUCGGCAGUCCUCAGGUUCCAAUCGCUGAAUUGCUAGCCAGGCCAGCGCCCACCUUGCUCAGCCCGCAGAAACCGCGAAGUUCGAACUUCCUUCAAGUUCCCGACAUGGAAACGCCCAGACCUAAAAGUGUGCCGUCCUCGCCGAUUGUGAAGCGCUAUUUCUCGAGGCUGGAAACGCUCACCGCCGGCUGGGGAAGAAGCAUCCGGAAGCAUAGAAGCGGCAACACUCUGCAAAGCGAGGAUCGGAAACGCUGGGCCAGCUCCCAGGAUUGCAGCAACAAGGAAGCAAAAGAAAAGGAGAAACAUGCUCAGCAGCUAGCGGUGCCAAGGCUCAGCGUGUUCGCGGAUGCGGAGAAGGUGGACAGAGCGAAACUAGCACAAACGGAGUUCGACAUCCACGACUUCGAUCCAGAAACUUUCAGGAUCCUGCUGGAUUACCUGCAUACAGGCUCCUGCUCGCUGACCUGCAGCAACAUUUGCGGUCUGGCCUGCGCUGCGGAACACUACGAACUGUCGGAACUUCAGGACGCGUGUUUCCAUCACGCGAAACAGUUCCUGCGCAUCGACGUUGUCUGCGUGAUGCUCUGCACCCUGGAGAAAUACUGCUGGCGGUACUCGUCCGCCAUGAACCUGGUCAACAUGAUCCUGACGUUCAUCGAGACCAGAUCGUCCCAGUUGUUCAAGAACGAAGGAUUUCUCACGCUGAGCGAGGCAAUGGUACAGAUGAUCAUGGGCAGGGACCUCGACGUGGAAGAGAUCGUCAAGUUCGAGGCGAUGCUUAACUGGGCGAACAACAGGAUCAAGACCAAGACGAAGAUCGUCGACGAGAAGAUGGAGUUCAAGUGCAUUAUGGAGAGGCUCAGCAAGGAUCUCAAGCUCUACAGGAUAUCGCCGCAGGAGCUGAUUAGGAUCGUCCUGCCGUCACACGCGAUCAAGAACGAGAGGAUCCUCGAGACGCUGAUGUACCAGGCGAACACCGGGAUAUACAAGAAUGUGGACACCUAUUUGAAAACGUACGAGAAGAACGUGCAGAAUCAGGAGAGCUUCGACUGCGGGAUCUAAAUGAUUUGGCAAAUGGGAGAUGAACCAAUAAGUACCUGAGAAGUAGAUUCUUUGGAACUCGUGUUCCAAACGGAAAAAGAGGAUAUUUUGUCGAUCGCCCGUUGGUCCCAGCUCUUUGAUCAACGGAGGACACCUUUGGAGCGAGCAAUUGAGCCGAUUAAUUGCCCCGUGUCGAAGCGAACGUAGUUCUCGGCGGCUGUUUAUCAGAGAACAAAGUCAACGAUGCCUGACGAAGCUUCUUGAUCGUUAUUGUGAUCAGCUUUCACGUCUAUCGUGCGGCGUAGAAAAUGUCUAGCUCAUAAUAGAAAUCGUUCCCGGUCUCCCUCGGACUGAUCUCCCGCGGGAACGCUCGAGAAGCGGUCUUUCCUCGCGGAGUCAAAUGGCGGAGAUCGUCGAUCUUCGAUCGUUCCGGAAGUUCCAUCGAUCUUCGACGCUGGGAGGAGGAAAUGCACAAAUUUCAUAUCGUUCUAGGAAUAACGGUGAACUCAUCGAGCGAAGAAUGAGGCUUUGGGCAUUAGUGUCGAUUAGACGAGGCGGAUAAUUAGCGAAUGGCGCGGUCGUUCGAUCGCUGAAAGUAGUCUGGUCGUUCAUGGCCACGUUGCAGCCGUGCCAAGCCGAGGAACGCCAGCAAACAGGGACGAACGUCCUUCGUCCAGAGUGCGAUGACACGUCCGUGACGGAGACGAAGCAGUUUCGCCGGCGACGAGGCGCCGAACAUGACAAUCUGUAUCAUAAA